UUGUAUUCGCGCUGUGUGGCUACGGGGGGUUGCUGGUGGAGCGGUGGCGCUGCGUGCUUCACGCCCUGCGCUAUCCACCCGAGUUCGAUUCCCGACCACUGCGAAUUUCAGUGGAGUGACAUCUGAAAUGGUCCUGCGCCCCGCCCGCCCCACCACGAACCUACACUGACCAGCGUGACGACAGACAUAUGGUCGUCAACACAAAGACAAGACAAAGAUUCCCCGUAUGGAAUUUAAAACAGACUUUUGGGGCAAGUGCUGUCGUGAUGGCUGGACAUGGACACGGACACGGCCACGGUGGUGGGCACUGCGAGGCGGAGAGCCACGAGGAGGACGCGGAGAGAGGCGUGCAGUACGGACUCUUCCUGAAGAUCGACCGUGACCGGCUCGAAUGCCUCAACGAGCAGAUUGACGGCUCGGGGAAGCAGGUCUUCCGGCCCUGGGAUGAGCGCAACGACCGGAGCAGAUUUGUUGAAAGUGAUGCGGAUGAGGAGCUGCUAUUCAACAUCCCGUUCACCGGGAAUGUGAAGCUGAAGGGAAUUGUGCUGAUCGGGGGAGAAGAUGAGUCUCACCCUGCGGAGAUGAGACUUUUCAAGAACCUGCCACACAUGUCGUUUGAUGAUACGACACGGGAACCCGACCAGGUGUUCGGCCUCCAGCAUGACGACACGGGGCUGCUGGAGUACCCCACCAAGAUCGCGCGCUUCUCCAGCGUCUACCACCUCUCCAUACACAUCUCCCGCAACUUCGGUGCGGAAGCCACGCGGAUCUACUACAUCGGGUUGCGGGGAGAGUGGAUGCAGGCUCACCAGCACAAGGUGACCCUGUGCACAUACGAGGCCUCGGCCAACCCAGCCGACCACAAGGUCGACCUCUUCUCCCCUCAGACCCACUACAUUUCCUGAAGGCCUGUGGGCCCGCUACGCAUUUGCUACGGACAUCCUCUGAGCGGCAGUAAACUACGCGACCCCCCCCCCCCCUUAAUUUGUUAUGAUUCACGUUCCCAGUGAUGACAUUCCUGCCGCGGUGUCACCGUCGUCGCUGGGAAACGAUGUGGCUCCGCUUCAGACGGUCAUUGCCGGUAAUGCCAUGCGCUGUGUUUGUUUUGGAUUGGCGCGGUUCGUGCGGAUUGUGACCAUCUCAGACAGAGUUCUGCCAGUUACACGUCGAGUGUGUAUUGUGUUAUAGCAGCCUUGCUGGAAGUGUUGAUUUAAGGUUUAAGUUAUUAAUCAAGUUCUAGUAAAAAAAUAUAUAUAUUUUGCGGUAGAUCCCCUUCCCCAUUAACCGCACUACUUCCGGGAACUUGCACAGAUGGGCAUUUUUUAGCGAUUUUCUUCACGGAUAUAAGAUUGGCCAUAGAGGAUGAAAGCGGGGCAGGAAGUGAGAGAGGGGUUGCCCGUGAUGGAUAUGUAUGAAUGGUUUGAUACGGUGAAAAAUAAAUGUACUACUGGGUUUGCGCAGUUUGUGAUCGGGUUGUGCGCGGGGUUGGUCAUAUGCGUUUCAGUGCACGCGCGGUUGUAUGCAUGUACGGUUGACAGCCUGAAUGGUGGAAUGCAUUUACGUACGAUUGACUGCAACAACGCUUGUGUGGUGGGAUGUGUGUGCGUGUGUGUGGUUUAUCAUGCGUGGUUGACUGAAGCACAGGUGAUUGACAAUCUACCGUCAAGUUAUUUUUCAUCCAUUCAUUCAUAUUCAGAUUUGAGUAAAUUUCUACAUUUUUGGUAAUCUUUCCUUCAAUAGUUUUAACUAAGACCGACGUCUUUUUCACAAAGUACUACCAAUACGUUUUUGCUCAUUUGUGCAAAAAAAAACCCACUCUCUAAAGAUUAUGGCUAAGACUAGCAGAUAUGUGACAGUGUUGACCAAAUAUGCUGUUUAACAUCUUGACAUUUUUUUCUUUAAUAUUAUUUAUCUACUGAACAUGGCAUCUUGAUUUUCAGGCGAUAAAGCAAAUUAUCGUUGAGGUUUGUCUAAAAACGGCUUGGAUCAAGUUGCCCAAGGCAAAGCAGAGUUAAUAUGUUGAAGGAAGGAUAGCCCAAAACACAUCUCUUGGACCUACACAAAAAAACAGGUUGCGCCAGGCUGUCCAACAUGAGAUGGAAGUCUUGUUAAUGAGAAGCGAGGAACCAUGCUCGUUGAUUUCUGGAAUGCUCUCCAACAUAUGAUUGUCCUCAGGAGUAUUUACUUUCACACCGACUCGCGUGGUGUGAGACGACAUUUCUGUGAGAUGACGUAGUGGGUAGUUGAGGUCUGUGUGUGACAUCGUCGCCUCGCCUGUUCAGCGCUGGAUUUUUAACGCCAAAUUUAUUGCAACCCUUUUGAUCAAUUUGCUCGUUUUUUUUUUCUGGAAAAGUUUGUAAUGGCAAUGCAACUUUAGUAUAGAAUGCUAUUUAUAUUGGAUCCUGUUUAGGACAAUUAUUGCGAACCCCUCUGCAAAAAAACACAAAAACCCUUCUCCUGUGACAGACACAGAUGGAGGCAAUGCUUUUACGCUUUUGAGCUUUGCAAAGCAUCACACAUUUCAAAGUGAACCGUAAACUAUCCCCCAUUAAUGUCGCCGUACUUUUUAUACGGCGUCACGAUUGACAUCACUUUGGGCACACCUCCAAAGUCGACUUAAAGUCUUCGUUUCUCAACUUCAUGUUGGACAGCCCGGAGCACACAGCGGAGGUGUUUCUCCAGAGAACAAGGAGCCAUUUCAUGUUUUGUGUUAUUCUUUAAGCCCGACGUGAAGGUGGCGCACUCCUGUCCUAAAAUGUUUACUGCGCUUAAAAGUGCCGCAUUCAUUGUCUUGCACAGCUACGUCAAAAGGCUCAAAAUACAAAAUACUUCUCCAAUAUUCCACCUGUUCCUGCAUUUUUCUCUGCCACUUAUGGCAAUAAGCUUGAGGGUACUUGUUUUAGCGAGUUGGUUGUUGACCCUUUGUGAGUCUCUGGCUGCUUGGAAGGAAACCUAGUUUUUGAAAACCUGGCUUGUUAUUUGAAUUUUGGAUGCAGCAAAAAGUCCCCUGCAGUCUGCUGACUGCGUGUGCGUUUCCUGCUGACGUUUUGGUUGGAGUCAACAGCCACCAGGCCAGUGACACUGUGACUUAGAGUGCCUGACUCAAGCAAAAGGUUGUGAGCGUUUAAAAUCCCCGCCGGGGUGCGGUGUGCAAAAUCAGCAUUGCAUUCGUCUGGGGGUUAACAAUGAGUACUGCUUUUUUGUUGAAAAGUUAAGUAGGUCAACCCAUGGUUCAACUGUCCCCCACCAAAGUAACGUGGAAUUUGCAGCAUUGGCUUGGAAUUGUAAAUGAAGAUGGGCACUGCCCCCCUCCCUUACUCGUUUGAGUCGGGUGACGCUUCGGCCUUGUUCAGUCGGUGGUGAUUCGAAUAGCACGUGCAAUGUCACGUUACUUGAGGUGUGUACUGAUGUGAUACAAUGUUACGACUUGAGCAAAAUUGGCCAAUGCAUUCCGCUCAAGGCACUUAGAAGACGGAGUAAUCAAUUUAACUCGUAUUACGUCACAGGACAACUUGGCAAGGCCUUCAUCCAUCCAGCAUCGUAUUGAUCAUUGCCUAAGGUGAUUAUUGGAUAGGUCACUGCAAAGGGCCUGUGUUCAUGUUUUCUUAAGCACAGAUAUUUUAAACCUGCUGCUGUAACAACCAAACCGACCAAGGUGGAUUAAUUUCUUUAAAGUUUAUGUCACCAGACAAGUCGUGAACAAUGGAAAAAAAUGUAAUCUCGACAAUGAGUUUUUUUUUAUUUCUACAAUGUGUGACGUUUGUUUGUUCUCUUAUAGCAAAAGGCUCCUGUUUACAUGAUCACACGGCGGUAUGAUUGGGGAUGUCGUAGCCUUACAUGCGUGGAAGCCUUAAGCGCUGCUGCCAAACUUGUUUGCACUGUUUAUACGUAAACAUGCGUGACUGUGUGCUUGCAAAGCCAUGAAUUUAUACACGAUUACACGUGGGUGUUUGCAAACUUCCUCCGGACUGUGCUUUUCUCUCCACAGAUGUGUAUUAUUAAUGAUUUGUAAGAGGGAGAAACGCCGUGGAAUAAAUGUGCUCUGCAGAAAUGA